UUUCGCGUCUUCGAACGUACAGUUCAGUCUUUAAAAGCUCCGAGCUUGCCCAGAAAAGCUCCUAGCCAGCCCCAGCACAUACAGACAGGCGCGCGCCAAGUUACAAAACGUUUUGGUUUUUUUUUUCUUUUGCUGCCGCUCUGCGAUUUGCCGUUACACGGAGUGUCAAUUCAAACGAUUUUUUUUUGUUUGGUUCAAGUGCCUUUAUUAAUUGAUUGUUCUGUGGCCGCUGAAGUUGAGUGCCUGCCUGCCCCAACGAGUGAGUGGAGUGUCCCGUCUCGCCAGGAAAGCACACUUGGUAGUUCGACAAUGAGAAGCUCCAGGAAUAUUAUGCUGCUGCUGCUGCUGGUGGCCAGCACCGCCAUCGUCUCGUUGGACGCCAAGACCGUGUUCAGGCGCACCGAUAAGAUCUCCGAGAACUUCAAGCAGCUGGAUCUGCCGCCCGAGGAGAUCGACCCAAAUGUUGCGCCACCAGAAGCGGAUCCGCCCAAGGCGGACGAUGUCGAAGAUUUGGCCGAUGAAGUCGCCUCCGCCUCUACUUCGCUGGUCGAUGAGAGCGCCAAUGAGAUUUCCAGCGGCGAUGUGGAAGCUUUGCCAGCUGAAGCUGCCAAUGUGGUUGUGGAUGAGGUGGCCGCUCCCGCUGCUGCUGCUCCCGCUACUCCCGCUGCAGCUGCUGCUGCUGUUCCCGCCGCUGUCACCACAGUGGCACCCAAGUUGACCACGGUCAAGCCGGUCACGGACGACAAGAACCCGAUCAAUCGGUACUGCAAGUGCACAGAGACCCACUGCGACUGCUGCCGCAAGAUUGGCCUGCCGCUGCUGCCCAGCGGACAGGGCUGCGCCAAGAUCGCCUACCUGGGCAACGACGAGAUGAGCGUCUCAUUGAAGUACGGCGACAUCACGCUCGCCUCCCGUCGCAUCUCCAGCAAGAAGGCGCGCCCCAUUUGCGUGGGUCUGCCCGGCGGCUACAAUCAGUUCUGCGGCCGCGUCUAUGGCCUGGGCCGUGCCAAGGACAACUUCAAGGCGUGCCUGGCCUUCGAGCUGCGUGCGGACGAUGAGGUGGAGGCCCAGCUGCGCGUUUCCUGCUUUAAGUUCGGCAAGGACGGACUCCGGGUGGCCGAGGCUGAGCCCCUGCCUGCCAAGCCCAGUGGCGACGAUGACGACGACGAUGAUGACGACAUCUUCGGCUUUGCCGCUGGUGGCGACGACGACGAAGAUGAGGAGGAUGACUAUGACGCCGACACCGAUACCGAUACCGAGGCGGAUACGGACGAUGAUGACGAUACCGAGGACUACACCGAGGACGAUGACGCUGAGGCUGAGGCGCCCGAGGAAGCGGACUACGGUGGCUUCAGUCUGGCCGGUCUCCUGGACGAGCUGGACGACGACGACGAUGAGAAGCCCGUUAAGAAGCCAGCGGCAGCUGCUGCGGCAGCCAUCACCCCGGCUGGGGAUCAGACCCGUGAGGCUCAGACAACCACCGAUUUGGUGCAGAGCAAGGACGAGGCGGGCGCUACUGUUGCUGCUGCCCCAUCGCCGGCUGCCGUCGCCGAGGAUGCUGUGGAGGAAGUCGUUGCGGCAGUGACGCCAGCGCCAGCCGACACCGCUACCGACUCGACAACGCCCAAAGCGAAGAAGUCGAAGAAGGCGAAAAAGAACAAGAAGAAGAAGGCCGUCUCCGCUGGAGCCAGCGAGGAGUCCGGCUUCGCCUACGAGCUGCUCAACGGCAUCCUCGACUUCUUCAACUGAGCGGCCGGCGCGAGAGGACAGUGUAAAUACCUUGUACCCUCGGAUCCGGAAAUGAAAAUGGAACUGGAACUGGGCCUGGUACUAGAGCUGGAGCCAGAGUCGAAGUCUCGGGCUUGCCGGUGGCUAGCAUUAAGUAAUUCUAUCUGUUAAGGGUCUCGUCAAAUGCGCUUGCUGCACGAAAUUUAUUUAUUUUCUAUUUAUUUCAUUGAGAUGUUCGGGUGCGCAAUUUAAGCAAGUGGUGUUUUUUUUUUCGUAAAUUUAUGUUUAAUUUAUUUAACAUUUUUAACGAAUAAAAGUCGAAAAUUACUUCCAUC